ACCCUCCUAUGCGGUCAUGCUGCAAAAGGAGGGUUUUGCAGCACCCAAUAAAAGAAGGACACCUCACAUAAAGGGAAAAAAAUGCAAAAAAAAAACUUACACCCUAAUGCACCUGAUUUUCAACUAAAGAAGAAAGAAAAGAGAAAGAAGAGAAAAAACAGAGAAAGAACAGAGAAGAAGACCGUGGGUCUGCCGACCCACGGCCGGCCUGGAUCUGGCCAGCCACCUAGACCCACGGCUGGGUCUCGCCGGCCGUGGAUCUGCUGAGAUGCUGGCCGCGUGGGUCUUGCUCCGGUGGGUCUGAUUUUUUGGUUUUUUCUGAUGGGUGUUGCUCCGGUUUGGGUCUGGUUUUUUGGUUUUUUCUUUAGUUUUUCACACGGCUCCAGCGCCGUUAGUGAUAGCAUGGCUCCGGUUUUAGGGUGAUCAAAUCCCAAAAAGGGUUAACCUUCCCCUUUAAGUUUUAGUUUUGAAUCCAAAAUUGAAUUUUGAGGCAUUAGAAACGAGUUUUAUGGCAUUAGAAUCGAUUUUUGAGGCAUUAGAAACGAGUUUUUAGGCAUUAGAAUCGAUUUUUGAGGCAUUAUAAUCGAUUUUUGAGGCUGUGUUUGGCAGAAAUUCGCCGGAGAAGAUGACCCGAAGUCGCCGGAGAGGUGACCCACCGCUGGGUCACGGCAGACCCAGCUGCUGGGUCACGCCUGACCCAGCGGUUGGGUCUGCCGUGACCCAGCCGUGGGUCACGCUUGACCCAGCGGCUGGGUCUGCCGUGACCCAGCCUUGGGUCACGCUUGACCCAGCGGCUGGGUCUGCCGUGACCCAGCCGUGGGUCACGCCAGACCCACGGCUGGGUCUGCUGUCGCCGGUGCGCUGGGUCUGCUGUCGCCGGUAGGUUCGCGGUCGCCGGUGAUUUCGCUGUGGACGGUGCAGGUUGUUUGGCUCUUUGUUUGUUAUUAUCUGGUAUUUUGAUUUCAUUUUGUCAAAAUAAACUUGGUGAUGUGUCACUUUGUGGUUGGAUGCUGCAAAAGACCCAUUUUGCAGCAUGACCGCAUAGUAGGGGCUCCCGUACAGAUUACUGUCAGUUUUCCCUCCAAAAUCUCCCCCAAUACAUCCCUAUUUUCCCUCCACUACCCAAAGGUCCCAAAACCUAGCCCUCUCUCUCUCUCUCUCUCCGUAUUGAGUGAAUCGAAUGAUUUGAAAAUGGGUUCGCUUGGGGACGAUGAUGCUGAAAUUAAACCAAUCAAGACGGGGCCAAAUGUCAAUAUUCCUUAUACCCAGACCCAGGUCCUUGAUAGCCAGUUUUCACCUCCUUCACUUUCUGGUGAAACUGGUGAAGCUGGAGAUGCUGAUGAAUUAAAAUUUCUGCGAGACACUCUGACUUUUGAUAAUACUGUUCCCAUUGAAGAUGCAUUUGAAACCCAAGUAGUGAAUCUUGCUGGGGAAACUCAAGUUUUGGAUAUUUGUGGUGAAACCCAAGUAUUGGAUGAUCCAGAUUGGAUUGACAAUAUGGGCACCCAGUUACUAGAUGAGUUUGAUAAUGAAGUUGCCAUUGAUACUGAAGGGGAGGGAACAGAUGGAACUGAAGUUUUGGUUGAUAACGACGAGCAAUCAGAUGAUGAAUCAAUGAGAAGUGGCAGUGGUCAAUCGGUGGACAAGGAGAAGAUUCAGUGCACUUCUCUUCAUGAACAUGGUAAUAAGGAAUUAACAGAGCAGCCUGAUCCCUUACCUGAUAAAGAGCAUAGUCCAGAAGUCAAUGUAUCAACUACAACAUGUGUGGUUCAAGGCUCCCUCGAACCAAAACCUGGACCUCGGCAGUUUGGGUUUACUUCAAUUCGUGCAGCGUCAUUGCGAGCAUCUGGUCUGGCAGCUCGCAUGGCUUCGGAAGUACUUACUGUCAAAAAUAAUGAUGUGUCUGUCCUAGAGGAUUCAACAAAAGUUGGGGAAGAAGUAGAUCAGGAACAUGAUGUUGGGGAAUGCAACAGAAAAAUGAAGGGAUCAGGAAAUGAAAACAUAUGUAGCAUUGGCAGUAGAACAGCUAGAAAACUUUUCACUGAGAAUUCACAUGAUGACUAUAGAGGACUUCCUCUUAACAGCAACAUUGUUGAAGGAGAAGAGUUGCCUCAGUUGCCUGCAUGUGACAACGGAUUGGGAGGAUUAAGUUAUGCCGACUCUCAAGAACCUGGCGAAUUAUCUCAGGCCAAUGCAUUGGAUUUUGUUGAUAAGUUCCUUAAAGAUAAUGCCAUGGAGUUUGAACAACAAUUUAACCUUGGAAAGAAAACUAGGGGAAAUUCAAAUUCUGUCUCAAGAGCAAAGGACCUGCAAAGUUUUGCCAAGAAAGCCAAUGAUAGAAACCUAUUUGGAGAAGCAGUGAUUUUUGACUGGGAUGAUAACCGUGAGGAUGAAGGAGGGGGAGAUAUCUUCCGUAGAAGGAAAGAAGAAUUCUUUGCUAGUGGAGACCAUGGGCGGAGAUCCUUUACCCAACCCCGGAAGCCUGGAGGAAGCAGACUAAUGGGGUUAGCUCAUUCUGAUUCCAAAUUAGUGUGUCAUAAUCCAAAAGUUAAUGACAAGGCAGCGGAUGGAAUGAAAUUGAAAAAAAAUCUCGUCAGUGAGUUGGAUCAACAGUCUAAUGACAAUCCCUCUGGAGGACAUUCAGUAACUAAUAUUACUAAGCCAGAUGUGCCAGAAAUAUUAAAUGUAGGUUUUGACACACAAUUGGCUGCUGAAGCUAUGGAAGCCUUAUUCCAUGGUGAGGGCAUUGCGAACCAUGAUGCUAAUGAUGCCCGUCAAGGUAUGGAGAACAACUCAAAGGGUUCUUGCAGAGGUUCUCUUGAAGGAGAAACAGAUAAUGUAAUUAAUUCAAAACAACCCUCUUGUCGUAAGAGGGUAAGCCCCUCUGAAGUACGGGUUGCUUCAAGACAGUGCAAGAAAGCUAAGAGCAUGAGUGCCAAAUUAAGUAAAGAGUCUUCAAUUUCAUCAGAGAAACUUUUUGAUAGUGUCAGGAGGCAGAGUAGAAUUGAGCUAGUCAGAUCAAAAUCAAAGAGGGCUAACAUGAUUGCUGAAGAAUGUCUUGUUACCAACGGGAGUGGAAACUCAGACAAAAUGAUUUCUAAGAUCAUUGAGCAAAGAAAUGCAGGAUGUACUUUGAACAGAAGCUGCACUAAUGAGUCCCACAGACGUGAGUCACAUGAUGGCAGUGCAACCAUAGGUGGAGAUUGCACAGUUAAGAAGCGGCAUUUACGAGGUGAUGUUGGUAUGCAUACACCCAUUGCUCGACGAACUAGACAGUCAUUGGUGUUAAAUCGUUUGAAGAAGGCUGAGAAUGCAUCCAGUGAUUAUAAGGAAGUGAUUAACCAUCUGAUGGAGGUAUGUCCUUUAGAAGAGAAAAGCAAUAGUAGUACAGGCAUCCAAGCUUCUGAAGUGUUGAAGGAAAAGUCUUCUAGAUUGGGUUCUAAUCAGUCCAGAGAAGUUGAAAAUGUAAAAGCAAGUCAACACGGGCAAUCCACUCCAAGGUUGACAGCUAAUACUAUUGGUUCUAAAAUUGAUGCAUUGAGCUGUCAUCAAAAAAGAUCUCAUCAAAAUUUGUCAGGUCAGGAAAAUGAAUCUGAUAACUUAGAUGGUGCACUUGAGCCAUCUGUUCCACCGAAGGACAUUGGAAAAUCUGUCACCAAGCGGAAAAGGUCGCAGCGUGAUGCUAAAAGCACUUUGAUUGAUUCAAAAAUGAAGAGGAAUACACGAUCCGGGGAUGCUCCUAUUUAUGUUCAGUCUGGUGAUACAGAUGGAAAAAUGAUAUCUAACAAUCUAGAUAAUGAAUCUGGUAUCCAUCGGCGGAACAGAUCUCAUCGGAAUUUGUCAGUUCAGGAAAAUGAAUCUGAUAACUUAGAUGGUGCACCUGAACCAUCUGUUCUGCUGAAAGACCUUGGACAAUCUGUCACCAAGCGGAAAAGGUCGCAGCGUGAUGCUAAAAGCACUUUGAUUGAUUCAAAGAUGAAGAGGAAAACACGAUCAGGGGAUGCUCCUAUUAAUGACAAGUCUAGUGAUAUCAAUGGAAAAAUGAUAUCUGCCAAUCUAAUUGGGUCAAAGACAGGCAAGCACUCUGACAGAAAUAGUAAUUCAAGUUGCCCGUCAUCUACUGAAAAAGUGAAUGCCAGGUUGGAUGAAUCGCCAAGAGAGAAAUGUAAACCAUCUGAUUCAGCAUGUACUACUCCUACCCCAGUCAACUGCAAGACACCUGAGAAUACUUUGUCACCUGUUUGUAUGGGCAAUGAAUACUUCAAACAGUCAUGCAAGAGGAACCUGUCAAGACUGAGCCUUCUGAAAGAAAUCCGUAGCUUAAGUGCUGCACAGCCUGAACCUUCUUCUGCAUUGAAAGAUUCAAGGAAGAGGAGAGAUGUGACUUAUGUUCGAGUCUUGUACAGCCAACACUUGGAUGAGGAUAUAAUUAAGCAGCAGAAGAAGAUUUUGGCCAGGCUAGGAAUUUCCAUAGCGUCUUCUAUUACAGAUGCCACGCAUUUCAUAGCAGAUCAAUUUGUGCGUACAAGGAAUAUGUUAGAGGCUAUUGCAUCUGGAAAACCAGUGGUGACACACUUAUGGCUUGAUAGCUGUGGGCAAGCUAGCUGUUUCAUUGAUGAGAAAAAUUACAUACUGAGGGAUGCCAAGAAGGAAAAGGAGUUCGGCUUUAGCAUGCCAGUUUCAUUGGCACGUGCAUCCCAGCAUUCACUUUUGAAGGGUCGAAGAGUUUUGGUUACCCCAAAUACAAAGCCUGGUAAAGAAACAAUUUCAAGUUUGGUUAAAACCGUUCAGGGUCAGGUGUUGGAGAGAACUGGCAGAUCUACUCUGAAAGAUGAUAAAAUUCCAGAGGAUUUAUUGGUUCUAUCUUGUGAAGAAGAUUAUGAUGUCUGUGUGCCAUUCCUUGAAAAAGGGGCAGCAGUUUACAGUUCAGAGCUGUUAUUGAAUGGUAUAGUUACACAGAGGUUGGAGUAUGAAAGGCACCGCCUCUUUGCUGAUGAUGUUAAAAGAACCCGUUCUACAAUAUGGCUGAGAAAAGACAGCAAUCAGUUCCUUCCUGUGACUAAACAUAAAUAAGAUUCAUUUUAUUCAUUUGUUCUUCUGGUGUUUUUUCCCUCCUGAUUCCCUGUGUUUUACGGCCUUUUUGGUAGGUAGUAGGUAUUGGAUAUAAAUUUCCUACAAGCUGGUUUGUAGGAAUUUCUCCAACCUCGUAUCUAAAAGUGCUAUGUCCCUUAGGCACGUAAGAUUCACGUUUUUUUUUUUUUUUUUAAAUUUAUGAAUUCUAUUAAAAAACAUGUGAGAGAAGUACAUGGUGUUAAAAUAUGUGUUUCUCACAUGCUUAGGGCAUGGCACUUUUAGAAACCGGAUUGAAUGAAUUUUCCUACAACCUAGUUUACAGGAAAUUUCUGUACGUAGGUACCUAGUGUUCUGUACAUAAUAUUGAUUAUUGUGAACACUCACUCUCAUGUAAAUUUUGUAAGUCUGUUUCAUCUCAUUUGAUUCUUUUAGCA